AUGGCGGACAUGGACGAACUAUUCGGGAGUGAUGGGGACAGCGACAACGAACAAAGAGGUAAAGUUAGCCAUCAAAAUGCUGUUCAGAAAAGUUUGCGAAACACGUCUAACGUCACGCUAGACGAAUAGCUUUAUGCAGUUACAGCUAGCAAGCUAGCUAAUGUGAUCUAGCUAAGGCCGGUUGGCUGAUGCUAGCUAAGCUAACGUUAAGUAGCUAGUAAAGAGGACCUUUGUGAGAAUAUCCAUCAACAACCUAACUAGGAACAAAAUAGCCAAAUUGGCCUGCUAGGCAGAGCCAGUACUUACUUGGUCCAGCACACUAGCUAGCUAACAAACCAAGCUCUCCUUAGAAAGUGUGUGUGUGUGUGCCAGCGAGAGUAUGUGUGUGUAGCUAACGUUAGUAUUUGUGUUUAUUUCACAUGUAUGUACAUUUCCCCUCUGCUAACAUGACUGUUUGUCUGUCUCUGUGUGUGUGUGUGUGUGUGUGUGUGUGUGUGUCCGUGUCCUCAGCAGUGGCGUCUGGCUCUGGUUCGGGUUCUGACUCUGAGCCGGAGGUGCCCCGGUCCCGUUCCCAUUCCCAUAGUAACGCCUCCGGCAGUGACAGCGAGAGAGAUGAGGAUUUAGGACGAGACGGGGGAAAGCCCAACACCAAGGUGAGGUCCAGUUGGUUCAGUACAUACACACACAGGAAACACUCUUAGCCUCAAUAAUGACAUAUAACUCUAUGAACCAGGAGCUGUUUGGGGAUGACAGUGAAGAGGAACGCCAUAGCCAACACAGCGACAACCAAUCAAACCUGUCAGAACGCUCAGGAAACCAGUCAGACGCCAGCAUGCACUCGGAGCCCGAGGACAACGACCAGUCAGAUGCGGAGCAGCACAGUGGGUCGGAGAGAGGGCACCGGGAGGAGGAGGAAGAUGGAGAUCGAAGGUCAGAGGCAGGCAGUCCAGUAUCGGGGGCAGGGAGCCCCAGGUCUGUGAGGGGCAGCGCUCGCUCUGAGAAGAGGUGAGGAGGAGGAGGAAUGAUAAUGGAAUGGGUUUUCACCAGGUAUUGAAAGCACUUUGAGUGAAAACAAAUUUCAUUGGAAUGUACGUAAUGCAUAAUAACUUGUUUUCCCGCCAGUGUCCAUAGCGACCCCGGAACCCCCCACUCGGCGCCCGGCACCCCCCACUCGGCGCCAGGCACUCCCCAGUCUAUCCCCGGCACCCCCCAGUCUGUCCCCGGCACCCCCCAGUCUAUCCCCGGCACCCCCCAGUCUGUCCCCGGCACCCCCCACUCAGGGCCCGGAACACCCCACUCAGAUGGGGAGGGGUCAGGCAGGGAGAACCAAUCAGGUGAUGAAAAGUGGGGAGGAGGGGCUAAGAGUGACCAAUCAGAGGACGAGGAGGAGAAGCGGCACCAAUCGGACGAAGAGAGAGAGAAUUCUGAUGAGGACGGGGCGGGGCAUAGGAGCAGGAAUAAGUCAGGUAUUAAAGAGAGUGUGUAUGUGUGUCUGGUCUGAAGGACCUUCCUCUAGCCACUCACUAGAUCAGGGUUCUUCAAUUCCGGUCCUGGAGGGCCGAAACACUUCUGUUUUUUAUUUCUACCUGGUAGUUAAUUGCACUCACCUGGUGUCCCAGGUCUGAAUUAGCCCCUGAUUAGAAGGAGAGGAUGAAAAACAGAGGUGUUUCGGCCCUCCAGGACCGGAAUUGAAGAACCCUGCACUAGAUCAUCCUUUGAGUUUGAAAAGAAAACUGUUGCAACGUUCAGCAACAUCUGCUUUACUAUUGCAUUAAUGUUCUCUAUCAGGCUUUGUCAAUGAUAUUGUUGUAUCACAUCCUAGAUGGCAUUGUUUUUUCCCCAUUGUGUCCUUGAACAAGUCACUUAACCCCUUGACUUUUUCCACGUUUUGUUACGUUACAGACUUAUUCUAAAAUUAAUUCAAAAAUAUAUAUAUUUCAUCAAUAUACACACAAUACCCCAUAAUGACAAAACAAAAACAGUUUUUUAGAAAUUUUAGCAAAUGUAUAAAUAUCACAUUUCCAUAAGUAUUCAGACCCUUUACACAGUACUUUGUUGAAGCACCUUUGGCAGUGAUUACAGCCUCGAGUGUUCUUGCGUAUGACGCUUGAAGCUUGGCACACCUGUAUUUGGGGAAUUUCUCCCAUUAUUCUCUGCAGAUCCUCUCAAGCUCUGUCAGGUUGGAUGGGGAGCAUCACUGCACAGCUAUUUUCAGGUCUCUCCAGAGAUGUUCGAUCGGGUUCAAGCCCAGGCUCUGGCUGGGCCACUCAAGGACAUUCAGAGACUUGUCCCGAAGCCACUCCUGCGUUGUCUUGGCUGUGUGUUUAGGGUCGUUGUCCUGUUGGAAGGUGAACCUUCGCCCCAGUCUGAGGUCCUGAGCGCUCUGGAGCAGGUUUUCAUCAAGGAUCUCUCUGUACUUUGCUCCGUUCAUCUUUCCCUCGAUCCUGACUAGUCUCCCAGUCCCUGCCGCUGAAAAACAUCCCCACAGCAUGAUGCUGCCACCACCAUGCUUCACCGUAGGGAUGGUGCCAGGUUUCAUCCAGACGUGACACUUGGCAUUCAGGCCAAAGAGUACAAUCUUUGUUUCAUCAAACCAGAGAAUCUUGUUUCUCAUGGUCUGAAAGUCCUUUAGGUGCCUUUUGGCAAACUCCAAGUGGGCUGUCAUGUGCCUUUUACUGAGGAGUGGCUUCCGUCUGGUUACUCUUUCAUAAAGGCCUGAUUGGUGGAGUGCUGCAGAGAUGGUUGUCCUUCUGGAAGGUUCUCCCAUCUCCACAGAUUAACUCUGGAGCUCUGUCAGAGUGACCAUCUGGUUCUUGGUCACCUCCCUGACCAAGGCCCUUCUCCACCGAUUGCUCAGUUUGGCCGGGCGGCCAGCUCUAGGAAGAGUCUUGGCGGUUCCAAACUUCUUCCAUUUAAUAAUGAUGGAGGCCACUGUGUUCUUGGGGACCUUCAAUGCUGCAGACAUUGUUUGGUACCCUUCACCAGAUCUGUGCCUCGACACAAUCCUGUCUCGGAGCUCUAAGGACAAUUCCUUCGACCUCAUGGCUUGGGUUUUGCUCGAACAUGCACUGUCAACUGUGGGAUCGAUUGUCCAAUCAAUUGAAUUUACCACAGGUGGACUCCAAGUUGUAGAAACAUCUCAAGGAUGAUCAAUGGAAAGAGGAUGCACCUGAGCUCAAUUUCGAGUCUCAUAACAAAGGGUCUGAAUACUUACAUAAAUAAGGUAUUUCUGUUUUUCAUUUUGAAUAAUGUGCAACAAUUUCAUAAUACUGUUUUCGCUUUGUCAUUAAGGGGUAUUGUGUGUAGAUUGAGGAUUUGUAUUUAUUUAAUCCAUUUUAGAAUAAGGCUGUAUGUAACGUAACAAAAUGUGGAAAAAGUCAAGGGGUCUGAAUACUUUCCGAAUGCACUGUAUGUAUGUGUAUGUCUUUUCAGAGGUGUUGGGUUAAAAGGGGAAGUAACAUUUCGGUUGGACCUUGUGUGGAAUUGACCAAUAAAGUGAUCAUAAAUCUUUGUGUAGCGCAAUGACUGGAAGUCUACAGGAGAAUUAUACAAAUUAAAUGAUGUGUGUGUGUGUGCUUCAGAGUUUGCGAAGGGCAGUGACAGCGAGGAUGACUUCAUUGGACGGAAGAACAAGAAGAUGGCGGCGUCUGCCUCAGACUCUGACAGCGACGUUGGAGCCAAGAAGAUGGCGGCGUCUGCCUCAGACUCUGACAGCGACGUUGGAGCCAAGAAGAUGGCGGCGUCUGCCUCAGACUCUGACAGCGACGUUGGAGCCAAGAAGAUGGCGGCGUCUGCCUCAGACUCUGACAGCGACGUUGGAGCCAAGAAGAUGGCGGCGUCUGCCUCAGACUCUGACAGCGACGUUGGAGCCAAGAAGAUGGCGGCGUCUGCCUCAGACUCUGACAGCGACGUUGGAGCCAAGAAGAAAGGAAAAGGUAAACCUAGAUCUGAAGGAGGGUUGCAAAAAGAACUUCCCCAAAAAUCCCUGCUUUUCCAGAAGUCCUGGUUAGAGGGUCCCGGAUUUCCUGCUUAUCCCCUCCUGAAUCCGGGACUCUUCCAACCGGGAUUUCUGGAAAACGUGGGUAUUUUGAAAAAUGUACUGCAUUUUUGCAACCCUAAUCUGAAGUCCUACACGUGGUCUUCUCAACAUACUAGAGGAGAAGAUCCAAGUUUCCUCCAUUUUUUUUUUUUCAUUUUUUUUUUUUCUUGAGCGGAUGUUCCGGUCAGGGGGCCGGAACAUAAUUUGAAAUAAUUUGUAGACUGCAAAUUGACCACAAGAAGCCCAAACAGAUAUAAUAGUUGACUAAAACAUAAUCAUUUCAAACCCUGCUUACAUUUGUAUGCGAUCACGUGUCUCUAUAAUGUGUGGGAAUACUUGGGAACCGAUUUCCAAAUUUAAAAUCACUUGGAGCUGAUUUCCUGGUAUUAUUAGUAUUUUAUGUCCAGCAAUAAUAAAUAAAGAAAAAAGAAAAAAAAAUUCUCAACUUUGGGGGGCCAAAUAAAACCAUUUGGCCUGUGGGCCUCCAGUUGGGGAACCCUGAUAUAUACUGUAUAACGGGGGUAUUUGGAAAUAGCCACAGGAUGGUUUUGCAAUACCGUUGUGACUAUAUAUAAUUUAUUUAAUUAAUUAGAAUAUUUGUAGCUACUUUUUUAUGUAAAGAAAUACAGUACCUGCAGUCAACUGGUGCAAUAUGUUAGGAGAUAAACCAGAUGGCGUUCUUCAUUUCACCUGUCACAUUAUUUAACGUUAGGAAGCUUUACCGGUAGUCCCCGGUUACUGGUGUGCGGCAUGCGCCAGGGGAUUUAGUUACAGUAUGGAUUUCACAACGAAAUAUUUGCCUGCUAAAUAUCUUAUAACUAUUAAGUUAACUGUCUAAAAGGUGCUAAACGCUCUGCAGUUGUGCAUUUGGUUUGCUAAUUUAGUAUCUAGGUAAGUGGUUAGCUUCUUCCAAAAUCAAGCUUCCCUUGGUAUCAGCAGAGAAUCCCCUCCUGGAUCACAAGCCUUGCUGGCUAAUAUUAGUUUUCUGCGUGCAGCAAAUUGUGAGUAGCAUUUUGAGUUACUUUAAUAACUUUAUGAGCAGAGAUGUCUGUUCUGCAAAUAGUUUGUCAGGAGACUUUUAAAAUGUUCGCAAUGCACUUGUUAGCAUUUAGCUAUCAUUCACUAUGGGAUUUUACAUGUACUUGUUGGCAUUGGUAACCUUCAGAUUGCGAAGGCUCAGUGGGGUUGGAAAAUAGCGCCCCUUGUGUUCAGUGGCGGUAUUACUGAAUAUCCCGGGAUGGCACAAGGUCGGUAUGACAAUCUGGAUACUGCCCAAGCCUCCUCCGAUGCGCUUUGAGAAGGAGGCAGGGAAUCAGGGUAUAAUCCCUCUAUGUUUAUCUCCUACCUGUUACAGGUCAGAGGUUAGGGGUCAGGGUUAGAGGUUAGGGGUCAGGACUCAACUCUCUCCAUCUCUUCCUCAGGUAAGAAGCCAGCAGCAGACGACCUGUUUGGAGAGGCAGACGACAUCUCAUCAGACAGUGAUGCUGAGAAACCCCCCACUCCAGGACAACCCCUGGUGAGAGUAACUUUACCCCCCCACUCCAGGACAACCCCUGGUGAGAGUAACUUUACCCCCCCACUCCAGGACAACCCCUGGUGAGAGUAACUUUACCCCCCCCCACUCCAGGACAACCCCUGGUGAGAGUAACUUUACCCCCCCCCACUCCAGGACAACCCCUUGUGAGAGUAACUUUACCCCCCCCCACUCCAGGACAACCCCUUGUGAGAGUAACUUUACCCCCCACUCCAGGACAACCCCUGGUGAGAGUAACUUUACCCCCACUCCAGGACAACCCCUGGUGAGACACACUUUACCCCCCCCACUCCAGGACAACCCCUGGUGAGACACACUUUACCCCCCCCCCACUCCAGGACAACCCCUGGUGAGACACACUUUACCCCCCCCCACUCCAGGACAACCCCUGGUGAGACACACUUUACCCCCCCCCACUCCAGGACAACCCCUUGUGAGACACACUUUACCCCCCCCCCACUCCAGGACAACCCCUGGUGAGACACACUUUACCCCCCCCCACUCCAGGACAACCCCUUGUGAGACACACUUUACCCCCCCACUCCAGGACAACCCCUGGUGAGAGUAACUUUACCCCCACUCCAGGACAACCCCUGGUGAGAGUAACUUUACCCCCCCACUCCAGGACAACCCCUGGUGAGAGUAACUUUACCCCCCACUCCAGGACAACCCCUGGUGAGACACACUUUACCCCCCCACUCCAGGACAACCCCUGGUGAGAGUAACUUUACCCCCCACUCCAGGACAACCCCUGGUGAGACACACUUUACCCCCCCACUCCAGGACAACCCCUGGUGAGAGUAACUUUACCCCCAACUCCAGGACAACCCCUGGUGAGACACACUUUACCCCCCCACUUCAGGACAACCCCUGGUGAGAGUAACUUUACCCCCCCACUUCAGGACAACCCCUGGUGAGACACACUUUACCCCCCCACUUCAGGACAACCCCUGGUGAGAGUAACUUUACCCCCCACUCCAGGACAACCCCUGGUGAGAGUAACUUUACCCCCCACUUCAGGACAACCCCUGGUGAGAGUAACUUUACCCCCCACUCCAGGACAACCCCUGGUGAGAGUAACUUUACCCCCCCCACUCCAGGACAACCCCUGGUGAGAGUAACUUUACCCCCCACUCCAGGACAACCCCUGGUGAGAGUAACUUUACCCCCCACUUCAGGACAACCCCUGGUGAGAGUAACUUUACCCCCCACUCCAGGACAACCCCUGGUGAGAGUAACUUUACCCCCCCCACUCCAGGACAACCCCUGGUGAGAGUAACUUUACCUCUGCAUGUUACAAGAACUAAUAAUGAAGCGUGUCUGUGUCUCCAGGACCAGGAGGAGGGUGUGGAGGGGGAUCACGCUGAGGAGGAGCCCGUCCCAGAGACUCGUAUCGAGGUGGAGAUUCCUAAAGUCAGCACUGAUCUAGGAUCAGACCUCUACUUCGUCAAACUACCCAACUUCCUCUCUGUUGAGCCCAGGUUAGACACACCCCAGCUGGUCCCAGUUCACUCCCUAACCCUUACCGUUCCAUGUUAACAGAUCUGAAGGGUCUGGGUAGGUAGAAGCAGUGUCUUCCCUUUGAACUGUGUGUCUAAUGUGAUGUGUUCCUCCCUGUUCAGACCCUUUGACCCUCAGUACUAUGAGGAUGAGUUUGAGGAUGAGGAGAUGUUGGAUGAAGAGGGUCGGACCAGGCUCAAACUGAAGGUGUGUGUGUGCCCUGUGUGUCUGCAGUGUGUGUGUGUGUGUGUGUGUGUGUGUGUGUGAGUGACGUGACGUGACAGUGUUCUGUGUUCAGGUUGAGAAUACUAUCCGGUGGAGAGCCAAGAAGGGGGAGGAGGGGGGCGACGCCAGAGAGAGUAACGCCCGCAUCGUCAAGUGGUCUGACGGCAGGUCAGCGCACACACACACACACACACACACACCACCGCAAGGUCCUCAGAGGGCUGGAGGAAGAGGAGAAACACUGGACAGCUGAUGAUUGUGAAUGAUUGAAUAAUUCAUUCAUUGAUUUGACCAUGUGAAAUCUGUGUUUACGUGUGUAUGUGUGUGUGUGUGUGUUCUCUCUCCACAGCAUGUCUCUCCACUUGGGUAAUGAGGUGUUUGAUGUGUAUCUGUGUUCUCUCUCCACAGCAUGUCUCUCCACCUGGGUAAUGAGGUGUUUGAUGUGUAUCUGUGUUCUCUCUCCACAGCAUGUCUCUCCACCUGGGUAAUGAGGUGUUCGAUGUGUAUAAAGCUCCUCUCCAGGGAGACCACAACCACCUGUUCAUCAGACAGGGGACUGGGUUACAGGGACAGGCUGUGUUCAAGACCAAACUCACCUUCAGGUAACUCUGUCAACACACACACACACACGCACCACAACCACCUGUUCAUCAGACACAGGCUGUGUUCAAGACCAAACUCACCUUCAGGUAACUCUGUCAACACACACACACACACGCACCACAACCACCUGUUCAUCAGACACAGGCUGUGUUCAAGACCAAACUCACCUUCAGGUAACUCUGUCAACACACACACACCACAACCACCUGUUCAUCAGACAGGGGACUGGGUUACAGGGACAGGCUGUGUUCAAGACCAAACUCACCUUCAGGUAACUCUGUCAACACACACACACACACACACACACACACACACACACACCUUGCCCUCUGUCUGAACGCCAAGCCAGAGCUCUGACAGACAUCAUGCACCAAACAGAAGAACACGGUCCAGAUUUAAUAGUGAACAACAACAACAGUGUCUAAGCAGAGCUCUGUUCAGACAUGUCUUAUCUGAGGGAACAGAACAGAGUGGGUAAGUGUGUGUUAGUGUCUGGUUUUAGCCAAGCUGCUUACAGAACAGUUGUUUUGAUGGGGUCUUACCUUAGAACGUGACUCACUAGAUGUCAUAGGGCUUUACCUUCUGAUACAGCAUUGUUUGUAUUCAUUAUCAGGGUAGAACUAUUUGUUUUGGUCGAGAAUUAAGGUUCAGUGUUACUUGUUUUGGUAAAGUAUUAGAAUAGAAGGUGACUUGUUUUGGUAAAGUAUUAGAAUAGAAGGUGACUUGUUUUGGUAAAGUAUUAGAAUAGAACGUGACUUGUUUUGGUAAAGUAUUAGAAUAGAACGUGACUUGUUUUGGUAAAGUAUUAGAAUAGAACGUGACUUGUUUUGGUAAAGUAUUAGAAUAGAACGUGACUUGUUUUGGUAAAGUAUUAGAAUAGAAGGUGACUUGUUUCGGUAAAGUAUUAGAACAGAACGUGACUUGUUUUGGUAAAGUAUUAGAAUAGAAGGUGACUUGUUUUGGUAAAGUAUUAGAAUAGAACGUGACUUGUUUUGGUAAAGUAUUAGAAUAGAAGGUGACUUGUUUUGGUAAAGUAUUAGAACAGAAGGUGACUUGUUUUGGUAAAGUAUUAGAAUAGAAGGUGACUUGUUUUGGUAAAGUAUUAGAAUAGAAGGUGACUUGUUUUGGUAAAGUAUUAGAAUAGAAGGUGACUUGUUUUGGUAAAGUAUUAGAAUAGAAGGUGACUUGUUUUGGUAAAGUAUUAGAAUAGAACGUGACUUGUUUUGGUAAAGUAUUAGAAUAGAAGGUGACUUGUUUUGGUAAAGUAUUAGAAUAGAAGGUGACUUGUUUUGGUAAAGUAUUAGAAUAGAAGGUGACUUGUUUUUGUAAAGUAUUAGAAUAGAAGGUGACUUGUUUUGGUAAAGUAUUAGAGCAGAACGUGACUUGUUUUGGUAAAGUAUUAGAAUAGAAGGUGACUUGUUUUGGUAAAGUAUUAGAAUAGAAGGUGACUUGUUUUGGUAAAGUAUUAGAAUAGAACGUGACUUGUUUUGGUAAAGUAUUAGAAUAGAAGGUGACUUGUUUUGGUAAAGUAUUAGAACAGAACGUGACUUGUUUUGGUAAAGUAUUAGAACGUGACUUGUUUUGCUACAGAAUUAUGAGACGUUGUUCCUCUUUCAGUCUGAAGGAAAAAGCAUGAAUAUCUGUUUUUGAGAUAUAAGCCCAUUAUUGUGUGUGUUCUCUCUCUCCAGACCCCACUCGACAGACAGCGCCACCCACAGGAAGAUGACCCUCUCUCUGGCCGACCGCUGUUCUAAAACCCAGAAGAUCAGAAUACUGCCCAUGGCUGGACGAGACCCUGAGUCUCAACGCAGCGAGAUGAUCAAGGUAACAUGCAGGACUGUGUGAUUUCAUACUGGAUGUAAUGUAAUAAGGUUAUGAGGUGUGUAAUGUUAGUAGAACUACACUGAAUAUAAAUAUGAACGCAAAAAUGCAACAUUUUAAAAGAUUUUACUGAGUUACAGUUCAUAUAAGUAAUUCAUUAGGCCCUAAUCUAUGGAUUUCACAUGACUGGGAAUACAGAUAUGCAUCUGUUGGUCAAAGAUGCCUUAAAAAAAGACAACCAGUCAGUAUCUGGUGUGACCACCAUUUGCCUCAUGCAACUGUCCUUCGCGUAGAGUUGAUCAGGCUGUUGAUUGUGGCCUGUGGAAUGUUGUCCCACUCCUCUUCAAUGGCUGUGCGAAGUUGCUGGAUAUUGGCGGGAACUGGAACACGCUGUCGAACUGGAACACGCUGUCGUACACGUCGAUCCAGAUCAUCCCAAACAUGCUCAAUGGGUGACAUGUCUGGUGAGUAUGCAGGCCAUGGAAAAACUGGGACAUUUUCAGCUUCCAGGAAUUGGAAUUGUGUACAUGUCCUUGCUACCUGGGGCCGUGCAUUAUCAUGCUGAAACAUGAGGUGAUGGCAGCGGAUGAAUGGCAUGACAAUGGGCCUCAGGAUCUCUUGAAGGUUAUCUCUGUGCAUUCAAAUUGACAUCAAUAAAAGGUAAUUGGGUUCGUUGUCCGUAGCUAAUGCCUGCCUAUACCAUAACCCCACCACCAUCAUGGGGCAUGCCUGCCCAUACCAUAACCCCACCACCACCAUGGGGCACUCUGUUCAUAACGUUGACAUCAGCAAACCACUCGCCCACACAAUGCCAUACACACGGUCUGCCAUCUGCCCGGUACAGUUGAAACCGGGAUUUAUCCAUGAAGAGCACACUACUCCAGUGUGCCAGUGGCCAUCAAAUGUGAGCAUUUAUCCACUGAAGUCGGUUACGACGACGAACUGCAGUCAGGUCAAGACCCUGGUGAGGAUGACGAGCACACAGAUGAGCUUCCCUGAGACGGUUUCUUACAGUUUGUGCAGAAAUUCUUCGGUUGUGCAAACCCACAGUUUCAUCAGCAGUCCGGUGGCUGGUCUCAGACGAUCCCGCAGAUGAAGAAGCCGGAUGUGGAGGUCCUGGGCUGGCGUGGUUACACGUGGUCUGCGGUUGUAAGGCCGGUUGGACGUACUGCCAAAUUCUCCAAAACGACGUUGGAGGCUUAUGGUAGAGAAAUUAACAUGACAUUCUCUGGACAUUUCUGCAGUCAGCAUGGCAAUUGCACGCUCCCUCAAAACUUGAGACAACUGUGGCAUUGUGUUGUGUGACCAAACUGCACAUUUUAGAAUGGCCUUUUAUUGUCCCCAGCACAAGGUGCACCUGUGUAAGGAUCAUGCUGUUUAAUCAGCUUCUUGAUAUGCCACACCUGUCAGGUGGAUGGAUUAUCUUGGCAAAGGAGAAAUUCUCACUAACAGGGAUGUAAACACAUUUGAGAGAAAUGUGCGUGUGGAAAAUGUCUGGGAUCUUUUUAUUUCAGCUCAUGAAACAUGGGACCAGCACUUUACAUGAUGUGUUUAUAUUUUAGUUCAGUGUAGUAACUACGGUUUGGAGAGGAGACAGACUUUCUGUUGUUACUAGAAACACUGACUGGGCUGAUAUUGCUGAAUACACUGUCCUAUAUCUGUCCUAUAUCUGUCCUAUAUCUGUCCUAUAUCUGUCCUAUAUGUUCACAGAACAUUUCAAAUAGACAGGACAACACCUUAUCUCACAUGAGGGGUUAAAAUGUUGACCCGUCUCUCCUCCUCUCCUCCUCCCUCCCUCCCCCUCCCCUCCCCUCCCUCCUCCUCCCUCCCCCUCCCUCCCUCCCCCCCCCUCCCCUCCCCUCCCUCCCCCUCCUCCUCCCCUCCCUCCCCCUACAGAAAGAAGAGGAGCGUCUGCGGGCGUCUAUCCGUCGUGAGGGCCAACAGCGGCGGAUGAGAGAGAAGCAGCACCAACGAGGGCUGAGCGCCGGUUACCUGGAGCCUGAUCGCUAUGACGACGAUGAGGAGGGGGAUGAGUCAGUCAGCCUGGCCGCCAUCAAGAGCAAAUACAAGGGGGGAGGAGGAGCAGGAGGACUGAGGGGUGAGGACACACAACACACAUCUAGACACACACACACACACACACACACACACACACACACACAACCCGUCUAAACGCAGACACAACCAGAUCAAAUCCAGGCGAGGAGGAGAAGGCCUGAGGAGACAGAGAGACCAUGUUAAUGUGUUCUCUCCCUCCUCUGCUCCAUCCAUCCCCCUCUAACUCUACCCUGCUUCCUCCCUCGCUCAACGCCUUCCAUCUCCUCCGCUCUCCCUCUUCCUUCCUCUCUUCUGUUCCCCUCCUCUUCUAUCCCUCCCCUCUCUCCUCUCCUCCCUCCCUCCAUCCAGAGGAGCGUGCUAGGAUCUACUCGUCUGACAGUGAUGAGGGUUCUGAUGAUGACAAAGCCCAGAGACUGCUCAAGGCCAAGAAACUAGACUCUGAUGAGGUGGGUCACACACACACACACACACACACACACACACACACACACACACAGGUGUAAGUACAGUAAGAGAAUGGAGAGGUGAGUUGUGACAGAGGGUGCAGUCCUAUGUUCUAGCAGCAGAAGACAGUGUGA